AUGUAUCGUAUGAUCACUUUGAUCCUGAUAGCCUCCUGCAGGGAUGAUAAUGCAGACAAACUCAGUCAGUUGGAGACUGAUGUGGAACUCCACAAAAGGAUCGUCGCUGCCGCUGAACGUCUAGCCAAAGAUAAAACGAUGAACAAAAGUGUGCGAAAGAAGAGACAAAAGGAUUUGGCUGCCGCUGCGAUGAAGCUACGAGGAUUGGAGCUAGGCUUGAAUCAAAUGCGUUUGAGUGCCAGCAAACCCGAUGUGAGCACUGUUGAGAACGGAAAUGGAGGUUCUUGGACGGGAUUAGCUCAAGCGAAUGGCAACAGCACUUUGACUAGAGCGAUUGCAAAGUCUUGUCCUACGACACCACGUGGAUCUGUACCGGAUUUAUGCACACCUAACGGGGAGAAAAGUGACUAUGAAGACGAUGAAAACGUGCAGCGGCGAGUACCAAGCUCAACAUCUCGUCGCUCGCUUCACCAACGAUUCUCGGAAGCAUCCACUUCAAGUAACGGUUCGUUUGGAUUACCACCACGUGCAAACUCCCGACGUAGCAUCACAACUCGUUCAAUAACCAGUGAUGAACUCGAUAACCCACUAAUCAACUCAGCUCAACCGCUUGCUGAGCAUGCUCCUAUGUAA